AAACGACUGACCUUCAAGGGUCGAAUGCUCUAGGUCGAUCUCCGCAUGGCUAGAAGACUAGUUGAGAGUAUGGUUUCUGAAGCCCUGGUGGGUCUUGACCUGAUUUUCACAAAUGACGUGUCUUCACAAUAUUCUUCAGCUCUCUCGUCUGGGUUUUCAUUUCUUUGCAUAGACUUGUUUCAUCCAAAAUCCAUUCUUGAAGAUCCGUCGAUUACUUCUGUUGGUCCUGAUCCACGUUCUGACUUUGCCUAUGAAAAAAAUGGUAUGCACUUACUUUCAUUUCCUUCAGACUUAAGGCAAAAGUAUCACGAAGUCGUUGGUAGGUAAGUUAUCGACGACGAUUGAUGUUGAUGCUGACAUAAUAUCCAUCCGUCAAUCCGGUGCUCAACUAUUAAUGAAGGAACUUAGUUGGGCUGCACAUCUAGGCUUACCUGCCGUUAUCAUCAGAGUCAAUCGUCCAACCAAUCCUAAUCUGGCCAGGUUACUAGUAAAUUUUAUACGUGGGGAAUACACCCCGAUUAAGGUAUUUACUUUGGUUUAGCUAACAUUUUAAAAGGUAUGGCUAGUAUUUCCAUUGGUAAUCAACCUCAACGGCUCUAAUGAAAGUGAGUAGAAUUUCAGAUCAUUCAUCUAAAUUUUAUGUAAGGUCUUCAUUUUCACGCGUAGUUAUUAUGAAAAUUCAAAACAUGACGGCGAUUUAGUUAUUUUACAGUUCAUAAGAAAGCAACUCAACCUACGUGUCAUAUACUCAACAGACAUUUAAAAAAUAUUUUUAGUUAGUAAUUUGAAAAUAAAUAAAUUUUUCGUGUUUAAAAAUGAUACUAAGCAAACUGUUCUCGAACUCACUGGCAAUUAAUCCUCACAAAGGCAGCUGCGAUUAAUUGUCCUACUCAUUGGUGUUAUGAGGUAAACCCUCAAAUACAGCGUCUAGUUCAAUAAAUUUUCCAGGACUUCAGAACUGACUAUUUGCUUCAGAGUUCAGCAUGUCUGCUCUUAGACAAACUAGAGAUUUGUAAAUAGAAAAAUCUUGUUCGGGGAAACUAAUUUCCUAACAUAAAAAGUCAGAUGAAUUGCAUAUUGUGGCAAUAGUUACCCAUUGGUAAAUAGUUACAUUAGAAGGAUCAAGUUUGGUUCUUUAACUACUUAACUCAAUCGUAAAUAACAAUCAUUUCGUUUGCCCCAGCCGUGUAUUGCUGAUCGUCCUGUCAAUAUGAGAGUAAUCCACUCAUCUAAGUUGUAUAUACAUUACCAUGCUGGGGUUGUUUAAAUUUGAAAUUUUAAAGCCAAAGCCUUUGGAGCUUUCUAGAUAAAGCUUAUAACUGUUUCUUACUCAGACUAGCACAUAGCACCAAGUCAUCUGAUGACUAAAUGUAAGAACAUACUGUCUUAAUGAGACCUGAGGAAACCACUUGUCAUUUUGCAAGUUUAUCUAUUACGGUUGUCGCAACAGUACCGAAAUAAAGAAAUCAAAAAAUGUGGGAGUGUUAAGGCAGACAUGAGCAUAACAAAAGAAAACAGGUUCAUAACGUUGGAAUAAUCACUAAUUAUAUAAUAAAGAGUUAAUCCUCUGCAAUUGCGAUUAGCUCUUCCCUAUGCCAAGUAGCCCCUUGCUGUAAAGCUUGGCGGUUUGAGAAUCUUUCACGAAUUGGUCUUUUUACCAACCUAUUCUUAAUGGCUUAUAGGUUGUCUGGCAGUUGUUUUUCAUUUCACCUCAUAUUAGCUUUAAGCGGUACACUGUCGUGCUUGACUCCGUCAUGAUCUAAUUAUUCAUAAAAUAACCUGCUACUGGUUUUCAUUAUCCCAGCUAAUGCAACGUACUUAAAGUUUUUAGAAUUUAUUCGUGCUAUUUAUACUUCGUCGUUGUGGCGAAUUUAUCAAUAUGAUUUAUUCCAGUGAGUAAAAUGGAAAACAAACAAUCAACACCGGAUGAAUUAUCAAUCUACUCACCCUGGCACUGGUGGCUAAGUCUAUCUACUAUGACAGCUGACAUCACAGAUGCCCUUGGCAUCGUUCUUGAGAUACCAAAUGAUCUACCCAAUGAGUCAGUGAUUUCACGAUGGUUUAGUGAGCCUGUGGUUUGUUUGUUGAUCGACACACAACUGUUCCUGACAAAUUCCAAGGGCUACCCUGUACUACCAAAGAGUCAUCAGUAUAUCAUCAGCCGGUUCUUUAAGCUGAAUGUACAGAUCGUACUGACUGGUGCCUGCCGAAAUGAUAAAGGUUAUACAGCCUAUCAACAAUAUAUUACAUGGCUUUGGCAAUCUCAAGAUGCUCCUGAUUUGUAUGAAGAACAGUCUAAAGGAUUAGAAGAUCAAUUACAGGAGCCUUUGCAACCACUUCGGGAUAACUUAUCUUCUACAACAUAUUCAAUAUUCGAAAUGGAUCCGUUUAAAUAUCAAGCGUAUGAAACUGCAAUUUACAAAGCUCUUUGCGACCGUUUAUCCAAAUAUAAUGAAUCAAAUACAGUUACAGAAAAUCACCUUAUCAAGCCUCCACAAUCAUCACAAACUAAAGAGCAUGUAAACGCGUCUAUCAAUCAUAAUUCAAAUACUUGUCAAGUAGUUAUGGUAUUGGGUGCAGGUCGUGGUCCCCUUGUCAAUGCGACUAUAAAUGCUGCCGAAAGAGCUCAAUGUAAAGUUCGGAUAUAUGCAGUUGAAAAAAAUCCAAAUGCAUUAUGUACAUUACGUUCUAGGAUAAAUCAUGAAUGGCAAGGAUUAGAUGUACAAUUAAUUGAAGGUGAUAUGCGUAAUUUAAAAACACCAGAACAAGCUGAUAUAUUUGUCAGUGAACUACUUGGUUCAUUUGGUGAUAAUGAAUUAAGUCCAGAAUGUUUAGAUGGUGCACAACCAAUGUUAAAAGAUGAUGGAAUUAGUAUACCGUGUUCCUACACAUCAUAUGUUGCUCCUUUACAAUCCUUACAAAUAUAUAAUGAAACAAGACGAUCUAAAGAUGUGACCAAUAGAGUCGGGUAUUCCAUGGAAACACCUUAUGUUGUUCGACUUCGUAAUUGUCAAAUAUUGAGUUCACCUCAACCAGCUUUUACAUUUGAACAUCCAAAAAAAGAGUUGAAUCAGUCGAAUGCACGUGAAGUAUGUUGUAGCUUUAACAUUCAACAAGAUGCUGUUGUACAUGGAAUUGCCGGUUAUUUCGAAGCAGUUCUCUAUAAGGACGUAACACUCAGUACACAUCCGGCCCGUCAUAGCCCUCAAAUGGUAUCUUGGUUCCCGUUGGUAUUUCCAUUUGAGUAUCCAAUCCAUGUUCAUUCUAGAGAUAAGAUCACUUUGUAUCUCUGGCGUAAUGUAAGUAGUCGGUAUGUAUGGUAUGAAUGGGUACUAACAGAACCGCAACCUACAAAAAUUCACAACGCUGCUGGUCAUGUUUACAAAAUUGCACUUUGAUUAUCAUAUGUGACAGACUGAGUUAUUUUUUUAAACAACUUUGUACAGACAAAAAAUGUUUGUCAAUAAAACUAUGUUCGCAUUAUAUUUUAAUCAUGAUGAAAUAAACAACUUUUCAGC